AGGAGAGAAAGAGAACGAGAGAGGGGGGAAAGCUUAACAGACAAACAAUGAGCGACAGACACCGGGGGAGAAGAGAAGGACAGACAGACAGAGAGAAUAAACGGGUGGACAGACUGAGUGAGUUGAGGAUUUUCAGAGCCAGUGAGCUGGAAAAGAGAAGUGGACAACCACUGUGCCCCUGAAAAGAGUGCAUGAAGAAGGUAGGGAGGAGGGCUGUGAAGACAGAAGGAGAGAGAGAGGUGAGAUGGAGGGUCUGCAAAAGGUUAAGUGACCGAAAUAUCUCAUGGACCUUGGACAGUUCUGUAACUGUAGUGAGAUUUGAGGAGACCAUAAAGCAUGUACCUGAGGUACAGAGUAGUGUAUGUUUUGGUUUGACCACAUACAGUUCUAGAAAAUGGAGAUACAAUUCUGUGAAAGAGGUGGAAUAUUUUGAACUUUGAAGUUUUAGAAGGAUGGAAGAAUUGACGUAUGAAGAGGACGGGAGACGGAGAUUACAAAGCAAAAAGUCACUUGGAGGAAAAAAUUGAGACAAUCUUUUUUACACAUUAACACAAUCCUCCAUCUACUGUAAUAUUGCAGAGAGUGCAUUUGGACAGAAGGAGAGAGAGAGAAAGAAGGAGAGGGAGAGAAGGGACGCACCAAAAAAGGGCAGGAGUUAGAGUCGGAGUAACUGCAUGCUUAACAGACACCGUAGAGUCACGGGGAGAGAAGAAUAAGGGGGCGGAGAGACAGAGACAGAGAGACAGAGAGACAGAGAGACAGAGAGACAGAGAGACAGAGAGACAGAGACAGACAGACAGACAGACAGACAGACAGACAGACAGACAGACAGACAGACAGACAGACAGACAGACAGACAGACAGACAGACAGACAGACAGACAGACAAAGUGACAGACAGACAGUGGAACAUUUCAGCUGGUGUAAGCCCCCAGCAGUCACACACAACCACACCCCCCCACACACACAAACACAAAUACACACACUGUACAGAGUGAAGGACUGACAGAUGACAGGGGAGUUGCAAGGGGCACAGAGCAAGGAUAGCCGGAUCGAGAGAGAGAUAGGGAGGGAGAAAGAUAGAGUGACAGAGACAGGGAGGAAGAGAGAGAGCGGGGAGGCACUGUAAUCUACAGGAAGCCCCGGUGUGAAACAAACAGGGGACAGUGGCUAGAAGAGCUCCACUCCAGAACCAGCCACCAGUCUCCAUGGACUCCAGGGAGUCGCAGCACCGCUGAACCCAGGCCCUCCUCUGCUGAACAGCAUGUCGGCGGGCCCGGGACCUCGUGACUCAGACCUACUGCUGUUGGAACUCCAGGCCCCAGGGCCGGUUGGACUGCAGACACUGUUGGACCUGCUAGUGGGGGUGUACCAAGAGUUCCACUCAUUACCCCUUGCCAGGGAGAAGUACGUCUCGAGCUUCCUACAAUGGGCGGAGCCCCUGGUGAGGCAGGUGAAGAAGACACGCAUCAAGAGGGAUGACUUCCACAUCUUGAAGGUGAUUGGUCGAGGGACCUUCAGUGAGGUGGCUGUGGCGAGGAUGCGUAGCACACAGCAAGUGUACGCGCUGAAGAUUAUGAAUAAGUGGGACAUGCUGAAGCGAGGAGAGACAGCUUGUUACCAGGAGGAGAGAGAGGUUCUGCUGAAGGGUGAUCGAAGGUGGAUCACAGAGCUGCACUAUGCCUUCCAGGACGACAAUUACCUGUACCUGGUGAUGGACUACUACGUGGGUGGUGACCUGUUGACCCUGCUCAGUAAGUUUGGCGACCGUAUCCCUGAGGACAUGGCCCAGUUCUACUUGGCUGAGAUGGUCAUGGCGAUCGACUCCAUCCACAGGAUGGGCUAUGUGCACAGGGACAUCAAACCUGACAACAUCAUGCUGACGGCGGAGGGCCACGUCAGGCUGGGGGACUUUGGUUCCUGUCUGAGGGUCCAGGAGGAUGGCAUGGUGUACUCUUCCCUGGCGGUGGGCACACCUGACUACCUGUCCCCAGAGAUCCUGCGUGCGGUGGAGGGAGGGGGAGGUUACGGCCCUGAGUGUGACUGGUGGGCCCUGGGGGUCUGUGCCUACGAGAUGCUGCAGGGGACCACACCCUUCUACGCAGACUCCAUCUCUGAGACCUACGCCAAGAUCAUGAACUUCCAGGAGCACUUUGAGUUCCCCCCGUCUGGCCCCGAGGUUUCAGAUGAGGCCCGUUCCCUCAUCAUGGGGCUAAUCUGCGAGAGGGAGGAUCGUAUGGGGGCCAGGGGUUCUGGGGACUUCAGGGCCCACCCCUUCUUCUGUGGACUAGACUGGGGCUCCCUGCAUGAACUUCCAGCACCCUUCCAACCUGAAGUCUCCAACGCCACUGACACCUCCAACUUUGAUGUGUUGGAUGACUGCCUCAGUGAAAUGGAAACACUGAGUGAUGUUAUGGACAAGGCCCCUAUUGGAGUUCACCUGGCUUUCGUUGGCUACUCCUACACAGCUACAAGACAGACAGGUGCCUUGGAUCGCAGUCGUGACAUCAUGAUGGAGAUUGACCACCAGCGACACCUUGGGUUGCCAAGCUUCAAUUUCCAGGAUAAGCUUAGUCAGAUGUGGCAGCUCAGAGAUGUCCUGACCACGCCUGACAACCUGCCUGCCUUGCUUGAGCUCCCCCUAGCCUUGGAGCAGGGUACUGCAGAGUCGACUCACACCACAACAGAGGAGGAAGAGGAGGAGAACGACCAGAAUUCAGUACUUGAUGAGGAUCUGCAUAGGCGGCUGCAAGAGGCAGAGAAGAGGAAUGGAGAGCUGGAGAAAGAGAUGGAGAGACUGAGAGGGGAGAUCCAGGGCCUGAAGUCCCCCAAGGAGACAGAACUGCGUGUCUGCCCGUCGUCUCUUUCUCUGCCUGCACACUGUCUGGACGAUGGGAAGAAAUCGCCCCCUGCCUGUCACUACCCGCUGGUGAUCCCUCUCCACCGCCACCUGCUGCUGUUUCACAGGAUGCGCUGGCCACAGGAGAGAAGUGAGUCCUACUUGUUGGUGUGUGCGGAGGGGGGAGAUCUCCAAGCCUGGGACAGACACUGCUGUACUGAGAUCUCCUGAACCCCCACCCCCACCCCCCCUCUUGGUUUAGCUACCUCCCCUCUUGGGAUCGAGGGGCGACCCAGAUGUGUCACCCCCUACGCUACAGCUGCUCCCUUCCCCCAAACACCCCCUCGGCUAACAGGACAGGAGCACCACAUGGCUGGAGGGAUGAAGGGUGGGGAUGAAAUGGGCUUAACGUGAAGUGGACAGAACACACUAGAGAGGCAGCAGCAUGAUGUUGCUCUGCAUCCACCACAGAGUCCUAUUACAGUACCUCUGAAGGAGAGAGUUUUGAGCUAGUAUGGUGGACGGGUGUUAAAGCGAAUGCUAUACUCAUUGCACUUGUCCCAUAUAUAGAAUUAAGAGCGAGCAGAGUGCUGGGCAUGAAUGGGGUAACGGGGAACAUGGAGCAGUGGGAUAACCAUAGGAAAGCUAAGGACUGUCACUAGCUUAAAAUGAAUGGGGAGGUAUAGAAAAUGUUAAUGAAGGACAUCUCCUCCUGGACUACUAAUAGAUGCCUGUUGCUUUCCGAGUGUCGCUAUGUGGGCACUUAUAUCUCUGAGCGGACUGAGGUAAAAGCAAGCUUUGACAACAAGAAGACACCACAGCAAAGAGACAUUGCUGGUUUAAGUGACAGCCAGAGGGGACAAUCAGUCCACUCCAUAAGCACACACUCUCCAGCACACCUGGACAUUAUUGGUGCAUUUUGUCCAAUAUUAAUGUGGUACAAAUGUUCAGUCAUUAAUUUUUAACAGCAUCAUCUAGUGGUUUACUUUGUAUAUAUACAUGUAAGAGUGGAUUGUGUUGAAUGUGAGAGGUAUUCGUUGCACUACAGGCUUUGAUGGAAGCAUGCUAUUAGAUGGGCCUGUUUGGAAUACAUAGAUAACAUCUACAGAACAAUACCAAGCAAAUGUUGACUGAAGGCUAAGGACAGAGAGAUCGGAGGUUGGUGUGUUUUACGAUUUCUGGGAUUGCAAGGUUACACUUUAAGGUUGCACUUAGCUCAGGUCCAGGGCUUGCUGAUGCUGAGCCUUCCUACAUCAAGGCUGUGUAAGUUGUAGGAAGGCUCUGCGUCAGCAAGCCGCACGUAAAGCCUUGAACCAGUGCUAGGAUAGAUGAUGUACAGUUGAAGUCGGAAGUUUACAUACACCUUAGCCAAACAUUUAAUCCUCAUAAAAAGUCACUGUCUUAGGUCAGUUAGGAUCACCACUUUAUUUUAAGAAUGUGAAAUGUCAGAAUAAUAGUAGAGCGAAUUAUUUAUUUAAGCUUUUAUUUAUUUCAUCACAUUCCCAGUGGGUCAGAAGUUUACAUACACUCAAUUAGUAUUUGGUAGCGUUGCCUUUACAUUAUUUAACUUGAUCAAACGUGUUGGGUAGCCUUCCACAAGCUUCCCACAAUAAGUUGGGUGAAUUUUGGCCCAUUCCUUCUGACAGAGCUGGUGUAACUGAGUCAGGUUUGUAGGCCUCCUUGCUCGCACACGCUUUUUCAG